AUGGCACCCAAGAAGGAUUGGGAGAAAUACGAUAAGCCUGACACAGAUCAAGGCAAGGAAGAUGACAAGAUAGUUCCCCUAGAUGAGGGCGAUAUCCAACUCUUGCGUACGUAUGGCCAAGGCCCGUACGCCGGCGCUCUCAAAAACAUCUUGCAAGAAAUCAAGGACGUGGAAAAGCGCGUCAACGAAAAGAUGGGUGUCAAGGAAAGCGAUACUGGUCUUGCACCGCCGGAUCUGUGGGAUAUUCCUGCGGAUAAGCAGCGCAUGAGCGAAGAGCAGCCACUCCAGGUGGCGCGGUGUACCAAGAUUAUUCCUGCCAACGCCCCGGAGAAUGGCGACGAGCAGACAGAAGGCUCGGCUAGCGCUGCGACAGGGAUUAGUGCGCUGGACAACGUGUUGGGUGCGCUCAAUGGUAUGGGGUCGCGCUCUGCCGACGGCAAAGACAAGUACGUGAUCAACGUGAAGCAAAUCGCCAAGUUUGUGGUGGGCCUCGGUGAGCGUAUUGCGCCGACCGACGUGGAAGAAGGCAUGCGUGUAGGUGUCGACCGCAACAAGUACCAAAUCCAGAUCCCUCUCCCCCCUAAAAUUGACCCUACUGUGACUAUGAUGCAAGUCGAGGAAAAGCCCGAUGUGACAUACAGCGACAUCGGUGGCGUCAAGGAACAGAUUGAGAAGCUUCGUGAGGUCGUGGAGACGCCACUUCUUGAGCCGGAGCGCUUUGUCAAGCUGGGCAUUGACCCGCCCAAGGGAGUGCUGCUCUUUGGUCCGCCCGGUACAGGCAAAACACUCUGUGCGCGUGCGGUGGCGAACCGCACGGAUGCGACGUUCAUUCGUGUCAUUGGUUCGGAGUUGGUCCAGAAAUACGUCGGUGAAGGUGCGCGUAUGGUGCGUGAGCUGUUUGAACUGGCACGGACCAAGAAAGCGUGCAUUAUCUUUUUUGACGAGGUCGAUGCGAUCGGUGGUAUGCGCUUUGACGAUGGUGCUGGUGGCGACAAUGAAGUGCAGCGCACCAUGCUGGAACUGAUCAACCAGCUUGAUGGUUUCGACGCGCGCGGCAAUAUCAAGGUGCUGAUGGCGACCAACCGACCCGACACGCUGGACCCUGCGUUGCUGCGUCCGGGACGUCUGGAUCGUCGCGUGGAGUUUGGGUUGCCUGACAACGAAGGUCGUGCGCAUAUCCUGCGUAUCCACGCGCGUUCCAUGUCGGUGGAGCGGAAUAUCCGUUACGAUCUCAUUGCGCGUCUAUGCCCCAACACGACAGGUGCCGAGUUGCGCAGCGUUGCGACAGAGGCAGGUAUGUUUGCCAUUCGUGCGCACCGCAAAGUCGCGACAGAAAAGGACUUUUUGCAGGCUGUCGAAAAGGUCGUCAGGCAGGGCAGCAAGUUCUCCAGUACCUCGCUCUAUGCCCAAUACAACUAG